UUUUUACGGUGAAAUAUUUAAGCAGUUAUUAUCCAUAAGGAUUAGAAAUUAAAGGUUGCUCUUCUAUAUUGGAUACACUGCCCAGUGUUUAAUUAGUGUGUGUAUGAACAGGUUGUCUAACAUAUUAAAAUUAGUUACUACUGCCACUGGGAGAUACUGCAGACAAGCCCUUUAAUUUAAAGAUUUUAUUUCUGAGUUAUAAACACUACCCAGCGUUUCAUGACUCUUGAACUUAACCUAUGAUAAUAGCCACAGAAAAGUUGUCUGUAAUCUCAAAAUUAUCUUUGACUGCCACUGUAAAAAAUUGGCGAAAGGAAUUUUCAUUGCCGACUGACUCAAAUAACGUUCAAUGAUAUUUUAAAAUGAUGAUUCUAUGUUAUUCAUUCAUUUAUUCCAUUGUAAAAUAUCUACGUAUGUAUUGACUAUAACUCAAUUACAUCUAUCGCUUAUAUACUGCUUUAGAAAUAUUUUAAUGUAAAGUGUGGUAAUAUUUGCUUUCAUCAGUUUGCUCGGGAGAACAUUGUUCUCGUAAAAUGUUUAUUGUAACUUUUCUAAAAUUCAAUUUUAACCUGGCAGAAGAUGGUAGAACCUAAUAAAAACUUGCUAUUAUAGUUCAUGUAAAAGUUUUCAGCAUAAUUUAGCUACUCUUAAUAUAUGCAGUCAAUAUGAGUUUGAAAGACAACAACUUACUUGAUGUUCAUGCUGAUCUGAAACCUUAUUCUUGUAGCAUAUGUUAUAAUACUUUUUCAGAUAGCAGUCAUCUGACUGAGCAUAGUCUCACUCAUACUGGUGAAAAACCUUAUUCUUGUAAUGUAUGUAAUAAAAGUUUUUCUCAGAAGAAAACUCUAACUAGACACUGUCGCAUUCAUACUGGUGAAAAACCUUAUUCUUGUAGUGAAUGUAAUAAAAGUUUUACAUUUAGAAGUAAUCUGACUGAGCAUAGUCGUCUUCAUACUCGUGAAAAACCAUAUUCCUGUAGUGUAUGUAAUGAAAGUUUUUCAUUUAAGAGUCUUCUGACUGAGCAUAGACUCAAUCAUCCUGAUGAGAAACCUUAUUCUUGUAGUGUAUGCAAUAAAAGUUUUACGUUUUGGAAUAGUCUGAUCGAGCAUACUCGUGUUCAUACUGGUGAGAAACCUUAUUCCUGUAAUGUAUGUAAUAAAAGUUUUGCACUGAAGAAAACGCUAACUAGACACAGUCGCGUUCAUACUGGUGAAAAACCUUAUUCUUGUAAUGUAUGUAAUAAAAGUUUUUCAUUUAGGGGUAAUCUGACUGAUCAUAGUCGUCUUCAUACUGGUGAAAAACCAUAUUCCUGUAGUGUAUGCAAUAAAAGUUUUUCAUAUAGUUUUCUUCUCACUGAGCAUAGUAGAGUUCAUACUGGCGAGAAACCUCAUAGGUGUAAUGUAUGUAAUAAGACUUUUUCACAGAAACAGCAACUUACUAGACACAAUCGCACUCAUACUGGAGAGAAACCUUAUUCUUGUAAUGUAUGUACUAAGACUUUUUCACAGAAGCAGCAUUUAACUAGACAUAAGCUCACUCAUGCUUGAGAGAUACCAUAUUAUUGUAGUGUGUAUAAUAAAGGUUUUUCUUGGAUGUUUGCAUUAUCUGCCCACAGUUUUGUUUAUACUGCUAAAUAUUUUUAUAUAAAGUGUAAUAAAAUUUUUUUAGCAUUA